CCCGUUCAAACGUGUUUCGGAAGUGACUGCUCGUACCCGGCGGCGACUCGCCUGUUUCGGUUUCCAACCGCGGAUGGGGGGAAUUUUUGUUUGCAAAGUGCAAUGACACACCUAGCUACGGAACGUUGGCUACGGCGGCAGGCGCGGUUCCACCAUUCCACCGGUGGAUAAUCCGCCGAAGAAGCUUACUGCCUGCGGGAAGCGAUUGCCACACUGUGUGGGUGGCGGGAUCUAAGGAAUUUUGUGUGAUCGAUGGAAAUUUUCACCCGUAACGGAUGCGUGUUACUUUACAUACAGUGUAAAUACAGUGCAGAAGAAAUGUAAUACACUUGGGUUAGAAGCGGCGCAUAAAACUAAAACUUUUCGUGAAACAAUUUUUAACCACCAUCUACUGAUACCUGAGUGUAAAUAAAUGUGAGUUUCAUGAUGUUAAUCGAUAAACGUCAAUGGAAAAUAAGUGGAGCAAACAACGGAAAAAUUCAAAUUUGUAGUGACAACUUGAUAAGUGUAAACGACCUCGAGGAAGUUCAAUCGUUUAGAAACGAAUCAAGUCGUGUUGUUGUGUGGUGCGAUAGAUACCUUCUUGAGUAGAAAAAAAUGUAACCAACAACGUGUUGCAUUGGAUGAUGUUGUUAUGAAGAAAAGGGUAAUAUUUUUCUUAGUUCUUCGAUAACUGAACGGAAUAUAUAUACACUCGAGAAGGAGACAAAUUUAUUCCAAAAAUCAUCAUGAAAUCCGAGAACAGAGAGGGCAGUUCCACAGCAACCACUGUCUACAGGAUUCUGCAGAGCCCAGCACCAAUAUGCAUGUUCUACUUUGCCCAUCCGUUUGGGAUUUCUUCGCCGGCUGCCACCACAGCGUCCACUUCAGCCAAAGCGUCAGUCCCUUCGAAUGCACCAAAAGUGGAACCUAGUCGCAAGCCGGUGCCACUGCCAGCGCCAAAGUAUGACCGACAACCGUCCAAGACGGAAAUCGUGCGCCAGAGGCCCGAAUCCCGCGAUGAACCAAAAAAGCCAAAUGGAUUGACGAUGCGCUAUGACAAACAGACACCAAAGACGCCAACAGCAGCCAACAAACCCGCGACGGAAAAUCGCACCAAGCUGAACAAGUCCAAAAAUAGUCAUGCCGCCGGCGGAGGGACUCCGGGGAAGAAAACGCCGAACGGUGGCGGGCUGCGGGUGAGGCGAACUCCGCUGACAGUGAAACCGCACGCUAAGACGAAGAAACGGCCGAAUGUGAUCGAACUUGACAACCGGCUGACACCGCUGACGCCUUGGCCCAGCACCAUUUGGAAUAGGGACUUUCUUAUUCCACCGUUGCUGCAGGUGCUCGCGAAACAGCAUGGCCGUAAAAUACCGGACAUCGAGCAAAUUUUGCGUACCGUUCGCUCCGCUUGGAACACUCCCAAAUCACAGCGCUCACUCUCGCAAAGCCAAGACAGCCGGGACUCAUCCUCGUCCACCUGGGACCUAUCGAGCACGUGCGAUAGUUACUACUGUGACCAGGGACGCCGCCACAGGAUGGGUGCCGGAACGUACGCCACGGUGAUGGGCUCCGGACCGGGACUGCUCCGGAGACGGUACUCCGUACCUGAAAUCAUCAUGAGAAAACAUACCCUAUCCCAGCAGAAGUCCUAUGACGAGCCACCGCACGACAGCAACCACAACAACAUCGCCCUAAACAAUAAAAACUACUACCCCUCGCCCUCACCCAAAAUUCCCCAACAGCAGCAGCAGUCACAACAUCAGCAGCACGGUGGCGGUGGGCCAAUGACACGCUCCAGCAGCAAGGCAUCCCCGAACCUGCAGCGCAAACAACAACCCCAGUCACCGGUUCUAGUUCAGCGGAAAUCGAUUACGAGGGCGGCAAGCAGUGUGGAGAGUGGGUGCGGGAGUGGGGACUUCCACACGCUGGCUUCCACCGGGUCCGAGUCCAACUUGGCCACAUUGAAGCGCCAGCCGUCGUCCCUAGGUGGUAUUAGUCGUAGCCAAAAAUGUGGUAGUGUCAAUAGUAUUAAUAGCAAUGGUAGCACUAAUAAUAAUAACAACUAUAUCGUUGGUCAUCCUGUCGGUAGCAGCACCGGGGUUGGUGGGUUGGGUGGCGCAGGUGUCUUGGGCGUGGGUGCCAGUUGUGGUGGAGACUUCUCGAUGAGAAAAUCCACUCUACUGCGGCGAAUGUGGAGCAAAGAAAUUCGAAGGUACGAUCGGUCCGGUAGUUGGUCACCACCGCCUAGGCGGGCACCACGUCGAAUCUACAGCAUUGAAAGUAUCCUUCCACUGGGCAGUGGCGGGGGUGGUAGCAGUGACGGGAGUUGUGCGACAACCACGACCACCUCGUGCAAGGAAUGUGCGAAGCUGGAGAGUCAGUAUAGCAGUAACGCUAGAGGUGGCAAGUUGAUUACUAAUGAGUCACCGAAAAGGUUGCGACUCGCGGGUUCGUUGAAUAAUAUUAACCUUCAGAAGGGUGACAGCGUGGAGGCAUUGAGUCGAACCAGCACACCUAACAAUCGAAAUCUUAUAUCCAGUGAGGGAUUGGUGGAUGAUAGUGUAAGUGUGACGACCAAAAGUUCAAAACCAGAAGUUUCCAGCACCACAGGAACAACGAAUACUCCCCUGAUACGGCGUAAGGAAGAGGUCGUCCAUGACCGAUCCAAGCGCAACUUCGUCUUCAUGAGUGCCAACGACGGAGUCGAGCUUGACGAGGCAGAUCUUACCAGCAGUACUUCUUCCGUAGCAUCCCAAGCGUGCAUCAGACCAAUCGGACGACCUGGCAGCACUGGUACUAUCCUUGAAGCCAGCGAAGAGGGUACGCAAAUCGAUAACGACGGACGCGAACGCGACGAUGAUGAUGAUGGAACCAGUGCAGGUUUAAACGUUCACGAUAACGAAAGUGACAUAAGUGAAUUCCUUAAAGAGGAAGCUAUUGCAUCGAAAGAUGAUUAUCAAGAUCAUCGGAAAGCUCCUGCUGAGCGCAGUGGUGAUACUGAUGCUAAUGUUCAUUCUCGAAAACGUACUGAGAUUGUUGGUCACGAUGCAACACCACGAGGCACUACUGUGAAGGUCAAAGAGAUAGGUGAUGAACAAGAACAAUUUCCAUUGAAGAAACAAAUUACGCGACGGGGUAGCAACGCUAGUAGUAGCGCAGUUAGUGUUUCCGCAGAUAGUACUGAUAGUGAAAGUGUUUUCGUUAAUGGCAAUGAUAACUUCGCGGGUGAUGAAAAAAGCUUAGCUGCGUUGACGAAGGAGGAGAUUUUGAAGAAUGAAGAACGGUUGGAUGAAUACAUAUCGAAUUUGUUGGUUGAUAAUUUGAAUAAUUUGUUAGAUACAAAAGAACUUGUUACUAAUGGUUUCGCUAGUUCAGAUCAGAAGAAUAAUAACAAACAAGCAGAAGAAUCUGAGGUAAUUGAUCCAAUCAAUAGUGGUGUAUUAGAAGGUGAGGUAAUGAAACCCAAAGGAACAGAAAAAUACUUUGGAGGUGGCGGUGGGGUGGUGUGCAAUUCACCUCCCGACCCGAGCAGUAAACUUAAGCAUCAGCAAGCCACUGUCGACAAGGAUAGUGAAAAAGAAAAUGAAGACUCAAUCAAUAAUAAUCGUGCUGCAGAAGAUGGUAAAAUCCCCACUCAAUACGGCCGCAAAAAGAAGGGACUUGGAGAAAAACAAUCAAAUGCUAAUGGUUUUUACCUCACUCCGAGAAAUGGGUCUCGCGAAUCAGACGGCCUUCCGUCGGAAAUCGAUCUCAACGGAAAAUAUUACUUUCCAUCUUACGGCAUAGAAACUGAUCCAUCCGAUCACACCGAUAUUGCCUCCGAACCUGAAGUGCAGAUAAUUAGUAAGAUUGGGCUGGGAUCUGUAUAUCGAGGAAACGUAAAUGGGAGAUCCACAAUGGUUCCGCGCAUUUCUGCUCUUCCACGAACGGAGUCCAUGGAAGUGCAACCGUCGUCAAACUCUGCAGAAGAAUUUGAUGAUCUCCCGGAGAACAAUGGAUCAGAUUCUGACACUCCAAGCCUGGUGGACAGCCUAGAUGAAGUAGAAAUAACUCCGCGAAGAAAGCCCGACCGAAGAAAAUCGCAUGCGCCAUCUUCCCCGGCUCCAGCAUCGACCACUCCAGCCGAUCCUACUGCUGAAUCAACCACUAAAACCGAUUCCACCAGUUCGGAUAAAUCACCCAGACAUGAGAAAGGUGAAGCAUUCUUCGUACCCAUACAAGACACAACUGUGAUAAUCGACGAGCAUAUUGUAGUCGCCGACACAAUGCCGCUCCGACUCAAAGAACGGCUAAACAAUCGUCAGCGAUUGAUGAUUUGGAAGAAGGAACAGGAAAAUCUCAAAAAGCACCGUAAGAUGAUGCGAUUAAUUGAACAACGCAAAUUUUAUGGAGAACCGGCCAUACAAGUAAUUAGCACUAUUGACCGAGCGAUCAGUCGCAAAGAAUACAUUCCUGCUGCGGAAAAGAAGCGUGUCUUUGGCCAGAGCCCCGCUUUCACUCCCAAGACUCCAAAAGCAAAGAAAAAGAGUACGGCUCUGCGCACGGAGCUUGGAAUGCUUGAAUCUUACAAAAUAGAUGCCCGCGGAAACAUGCAAAUACAAAACGCUGCAGCAUCAAGCACAUCGACAGGAAGUGCCCCCAGCACAAAGAAACUUUCGAAAAAUCCAUGGGGUCAAGCCGCGGAGCGUAGACAAAAAUCUAGCGGCGAUGCGCAAUCCGUACCGGUCUCAUCCAAAUCAUCAAUUCCACCGACAACGGCAACAACAACGACUGCUUCGUCAAAAACACCGAAGAAAACAUCCAUCGAUGUGCGAAGGAAGCAGGUGCUGAGGGAUGUCCAGCAAAUGACUUUGUAUCCACACGCCGAUCUAACUCCGGACAUCGAAGGCGGUCCAAGGCGGGUGUACCAGAAAACCGAGAUCCAAGAAGGUGAUAAACAUAUCGAGAUUCUGGAGAUUGUAGAGUGUGCAGACAGUGCUCCUCGCAGGACUCCGCGUAUUCGUAGCGCUGGUAGUCGAUCAGGCCAUAACAAAUCGCGCAUUCCUGUCCCCAUCUACAGAUGGGGUCGAUACAGAAGAAGUGCUAACUCUCGGGAGAACAGUCCCCUGUCAACAGCUGGAAGCAACCCAAAAGUGGAUCGUAUGAUCGCUGAUCUGCUGAUCGAAGCUUUGGCUAAUCCAGACGAUGUAGGAGUAAAGUUUAUAAAAUCACCAGAGGAUAUAAAAGACAAAUCCAAACGAUCGCCAUCAAACCGUAAGAACAUCGCCUCAAACAGUUCCACGCCUCGGCGAUCGGCCAACAGUGGCAAAUAUACGCAACGCUUCGAAGUGAUUCCCGAAGAGCGAAGCAGCGUUUCAAUUUCCUCCUCGAACGAAGAACUUUCCUCUAGCCGGAAGAAACAUGCUUCUCCUCGUCGCGUCAGUUUCGAUGAAAACCACAAAAUUCUCAAUGUUGACGAGUUUGAGUCGCAUCCAUCAAAACUGACCACGAAAUCUGCUGUUUCGCCAAAACCGUCUCCAAAGCAAUCACCUAAAAAGAACACCACUACUGCCGCUCCUGCACCCUCGCCCAAGACAUCUGCGUUGAAAAAGGCUAACAGCACCUCGAAUGGGACAACCACCACCAGCCGGGGCAAGGCGGCCAUCGAGAGUGAUGUGGUCGAGGAGAGGGGCUGGAUUGGGUUCAGCACCCAGCACGAGGACGCGGCCACCCCGGUCAACGGCGUAGAUGAUGAAGACGUUCACCGUCCACCCGUAGUGGUGAACGGAGCACUAGAACUCAAUGGCCAUCACCAUUCAAACCUAGCCGCAAAAGAGCAUGAGCGUAGAAAUGUUGUUAAAACCAUCGUAACUGGCAACAUUGCACGCGACAGUGGUAGCAGAGUUAUUCGGCAUGAUACUCAGAAUCACAUAGUCGAUCACUUCCAUCACCAUCAAAGUGUCAAUAUCAGCGUUACACCGGCGAUAUUGACUGCUGGAUCGGUAGUGUCUGUAGAUCAUGUAAGAUCUACUGCAGCAACGGUUGGGUCGUAUAACAGCUGCAGCGGUAAUUUUGGAACAACACAGUUUACCAAUGGCAACAGUCUCAUACCAAUAGUAGGACAAUCUAUGCGCAACAAUACCUUCAAUCAUCUAGCAAUUACGAACAAUACCAACGGAUGCAAUCGUAGACUGACCAGUGGUGAAUUUUCAGAUGAAUCCUGUUAUACCGACAGCCUCAAUGUGAAACCUUCACCGCUGGGGCACGGAGAUUCCAUGACGUCACAUGAAAUUGCCAUUCCAAUUAGAGUCGAACAAGAGAUCAAAUCGACAAAACAUGGUCACAGUGUGAAUGAAUUGAAAUCGACGGCUGACUCAGUAAAAGAGGUAACCACAGACAACCCUUGUGAUUGCAAUGAGUCAUUGUAUCCUUAUCACCAGAUUCGAGAGGAAAAUGCAUGGCAUGUCUAUGAAACCGCCGACUGCAAGGUCAUACAAUCAAAAAUCGAGUACUACGAAACAUCUAUUCAUCGGACUCCACUAACAGAUAACAACCAUCAAAGUUUGUUCAAUCAGCUGGCCGAUAGAUCACCGGGUACGUUACGAUCAGCGAUUUUGAAUGCCACAUUCGACAACCAUGAGCUCGUACGACACGAACUGAAACCAGAUGAGCGGAUGAAUCUAACAUCAUCCGACACGCUGGACAGCCACCAUGUACCUGCUAUAACGAUUGCAAGAACACCUACAAUUAGUGAGGAUGCUCCAAAAACUUCAGAAACCUGCAGUAGUUGCUGCUUCUGUAACCCGGAACUUCACAAACACAACGGCAACCCGUCGGAAACUUGUUUCUACUGCCAAGCCAAGGCUCAAACUCCAAACAAAUUAUUCCCUGCUCCUCCAACUCCACCCAAUAUACAGAUGUCUCCUGUACCUCCUUCUCCCAAAACACCAAUUAUGGAACUGACACCAACCCCUUCUCUACAAGAAAUCCCUCUUUCCCUAAAUAACGAACCUCAACCGUCAAAACCUCGAGACCCACCUCCACCCAUUACUCCGAAACGAACACUCAAACAAGCUCCCGUCGACCCACUCCCUACACCCGGCAUAUCUACCGCAUCGACCUCAAUCAACGGCCUCUACACCGAGACCACCAAAAAGACUGACCACACCCACACUAAAACCAAAACCAAGACCUCGGACACUAUCAGUACAAAGUGCUCAACUACCAAUGAAAAAAUCAAACGCUCCUAUGUGCCAUCAACCGGCGACUCGGAAAAGCUAGAAGAAGUUUCCAAGAAGCUCACUCGCAAAAAGUCCGAAACCACCGUGCUGAACCGACCCAAACACGUCAAUAACCUCAAUCGCGUAUCUAGCGUUGUUCACUCCGUUCAAAGAGAAAUUCAAAACCAGCUGAAAACCCCCAUCAAAAUCCUGCCCAAAACAGCCAAAGAACUCAACAAUCGCAAAGAACGGGACAAGCAGAUAAAUCUGAAUCUGCCACUGGAGAAAGAGUCACCCAAGAAGCACUCCAAAUCCAAAACCACACUAGGCUUCGAAAAUCUUACAAAACCCAAUCCCAAACCCCAGUGCGCAUCCUCGCAGAGCUACGACGAAACCAGUACCUCCAGUUCGACGGACACCAGCGCCAAUUCGAGUCCGUUCAAGAAGUGUGCCGCCCUUCCACCGGCGGCCACCCGAUGGAAGCACAACAGCGAACGAAACCUGACGCAGCUGACCAUGCAGAAAAUCACCGCGGCAGCCAAGUGGGGUAACAAGUGGCGGAAAGCCGCUCGGCAGCACGAAAAUGAUCCUACUUUGGAGCAGAGCACGCUCAGCCCAAUCCGGAGGCGACCCAGCGUUGUCCUGCUGGACGAAAUGGUUGCAGUGGAUGAUGCCGCCCUGAAGGCACCAAUCGAGCGGACACUGAAUGGAGCGAGUGCGACAACGGCAGCUACUACGGCGACCAGUGCGGCCGCGACGGCCGCUAUGGUUGCGGCACCCAGCAUUGUCAGUGGAAUCACCCAGAGCACGAGCAAUCAAGGCUGGACGGUGACGGUGGCCGGUAACUACAACCCUGAUAUGGCCCCUGAUGUCGAGAUGAAGCUGAGCUUUCCCAAACAAUCAAAUGCAUCGAGCGGUAACCAGGCCAUUGGCAGCGGUAGUGCCAGUAACAAGCGUAUCAGUCAUCCCAACGGUCCGGACAGUAGCUACCAAUCCAGUGCCAAUGCUGGCCAUCGCAAGCAAUACAUCGAAGAUGCCCAUCACAUUCCGGGCCGGGGCGGUAACUCCAACUACGGGGCUCAUGAUGAUGACAGCUACGGCGGCAGUCGAGGAACAGCACGGGCGGCAUUGCCGCCCUCGACAGGUUUGAAUCCCAAACGAACUCUGUCCCGGUCGGAUGGAACCGCAGGUGGCAAAGAUUAUCGUCUUCCAAAUGUUGGCACCACAAACAACGUUACGGCAAGACAGAAUGCUAAGAAAGCGAUCAAGCAGACGAUGGAAUGUAGUGUCAUGGCUUCCGCUACGACUAGAACCGUUGCCAAUAAGUACCAUAUGCUCUCCCACCAGCAUCAGCAAUUGCACGAUCAGCAGCAGUACCCCUCUCACCACUAUAAUCCGUCUUCCUCAUCCUAUCAUCAUCAGCAGCAACAAUCAUCAUCCACAGUCGCUGGUCCACCAACGACAACGACGGCUGCUGGUGGCGGCGGAACCCGCGGUGGCGGCGGUGGUAGCAGGUCACGUGCUAUGUCCAUCCAAUCACUCCAUCCCUCAUUGCAAAAUGGUGGCGGUGGCAAGUUUACCUCAUCCAGCUCACACCAGCCGCGCUAUCAUGAACCUCCAUCCUUAGACUACGGAAAUAACGCUUACGCUAACCGUCGGAUGUCGCUAGAGAGCCCGCACGGUGGCACCGGACCGCUAGACCAUUUGUCCGUGAUGGGCAACGCAAUCGCACCAGAGCACAAACCCAAGGUACCGACCAUGAGCGAGCGGGAUCUAACGCGAAGGCACCACCCGUGCUACACGCGCAACAUGCCAUACUUUUCUUAAGUUAAUAAAAAAACCGAAAAAAAGGGAAAAGCUGAAAGGAAAGAAAUAUCGGCUCAGUUCAAGUUUUUGUUUUUGUUCAUAAAUUUAGUAAUGUUUAACUAGCAAAAAGAAUGCAACAUGAAUUCGAUAGUCUACAGUUUUUAUAACUUGAUCCUACGAUUGCUCGUAAUCAAAAUAUUCAAAAUUCAUUUUAUUUAACAGUUUCAAUUGUUCUUGUUCCACAGUAAAAACAUAAAAAAAAAUCACGAUAGUUGCGUUAGAAUAAAUAGUAUCAGUUGUUGGUUGCAUUUGAAAUUCAAUAUUGAUUGAAAAUAAAAGUAUUACUUGUAAUAUCGUACAUGUGUGACAAGCUAACAUGUGAUUUAAAAUAAAAAUUGUUCUAUUGAAUACUUAA